UGGCUUCUCAGCGCCCUAAGGGUUUGGCGGCGCCGUGAUGCUGCUGGUGAUUCCCGGGCGAUCUCACCUUGCCGCCGAGAAGAUCCUCGCCAUAGGAGGGUUCUUCGUGGAUGAGGUGAUGCGAGCAGCUAGUCAGGAUCUCCUAGCAGGAGUGUUUGCUGUCAGAAGGGAGUUGGACCGAUCGAUCGUUCAAGAUCAGGCGCGUAAACUUCACCAUGAAGGAUGAGUCUUCAGAGGGUGGACAAGAUGCCGCGAGUGUGGGAUGCCCAAACACACCGGCAUCCAACAGGCGGAUCUAGUGGGAAGAACAUACCACUGGAUGGCUGGCAACGGAUAACCCACAUUCUUGGGGAUUUGCGAAGUUCAGGCUCUUCAGCUGGGCCAAGCUUAGCUUGUCAUCCUAAGUCGUCCCGAUUUUGGCAAGCCGAUGCUAACACAAGGCCAAGGGCGUCGAAGUCUAGGUGGCCAAGGCACAGGAGGUCGGAGUUGGACACCCGGAGAACUCAAGGUGGAGCACAAAAGAAGGACUUGCUGGAUGAAGUUUACGCAGAUUUCGUGGAUAAAAUCGAAGAUUGAGAACAAGUCACUCCUCGCCCGCUAUCUGCGAUAUUCGACUCUGAAAGAAUACGCACAUUGGGAAUAUAAUCAUCGCUGAUGCAACGAAGAAUGAAGAAAUCUUCUAUGCUUCCUUUGAAAGCACAGACUCGUAAGCUCGGGGCAGAAACAAGAUUGCUUAGGGACUGGAACAUCUCGGGAGAGCCAACUCGGUCUUUUUGAUACAUCAGAGGCAGAAAUGCGUCAACUUGAAAGAGUGAAGCGGAAGCGGGGGUGUUAUUGCCGUGGUGAUGGAUAAUGCUUCCAACAUGCGGCUAGCCGGACAGAUGCUUGAGACGCUGGGAAUUUGGAGUGUUCCCUGUCAGUGCCAGGCACUGAACCUCGUACUCGGAUUGUCAGGCGCUCUGGACUUCAUCAAGGAUUGCAUUGGAAAAGGGAUGGCAUUGUUCAUGUAAGCGAAGAUCCAACACAUCUCCUCCACUUGUUCAGGCGGCAGGGAGCAUAUCAACGAAGCUUGGCUCGUAAUACUACAUGCUGGAACGGCUGCGAGAAGUUCGCGACUCUUUGAGAGUAAUCUUCCUUAGUGGGGACUUUAAAAGCGUGGCUCAAGCAGCAGCCAAGGGCAGUGAUGCUCAGCAAGUUCAGGACCUCUUUCAUAAGAACAAGCAGGUUGCGGUUCAGUUUUGGCAGCAGGUGGACAAGAUUCUUUUGUUGAUGGAGCCAGUGGUACGAGCCAUCAAGUUUUUUGACAGAUGCACACCAACUAUGGGAUUGGUCUGGCAAGCUUGGAAAUACAUAGCCGACAAAACAUUCCAACACCUUCUUUGCCAGCAGCGGAGAAGGAACUUGUGAUGGCUGUGCUUGGACAUCGGGUUACCUCAAAGAUAUUUAAUAAGACAUCGACUAGAGGCCAGCAGUCAAGCGGUUUUAUCCAGACAACGAAGACUUCAUGCGGUUUGCUCGCGAAUGCAAACCGGACCUUUUGAUCCUACAAGCUCCGGACUGGCUGCGCGUUUGUUCGAAGAUCCAGCAGCAGUAGCCGAUCCCUGGAAGGCGUGGGCAAGCUGCCAAGAAAUGGAUUUGCACGUACCUUUUCUUUGGAGGUUUGCAUGCAACGUCUUGGCCUUGCUUCUUCUAAUUGUGCUGCAGAGCGUAACAUCAAGGCAUAUGGAAACGUUUUGACUCUCAAACGAAACAAGGCGCAUCCAAAAGCUCGUGAAUAUCUACCAGAACUCUCGUCUGUGGAGGAAACGGCAGCAGUCCAUUGACAAAUCCGUGGCUAAGCAGACUGGUGCCGAAUUUGAUGAUGAAACAACAGGGCCAAGGGCUUAUGCUGAGGUUGACGCUGAUGAUUCCUUAUAUGAGAGCGUAGACGAGCACGACACCGUUGAUAAAAGGGCUAGUAAGUUAAAGUUGCAUAGUUUUUUCUUAGAACUAAGUAAGGACGGUGUUUUUCCGCGGCGACGAUGACGAAGUACAGUUGGGGACAUUAUUAAGGGAACCGGAUGGUUCUAGAGACACAAGCAGUAGCCUGCAACGAGGAGCUUGGCCUUCUCCUGAAAUGGAGAAACAGAAGUGCCAGAAGAGGCGCAGGAUGAUUGAUGGAGGAGCUGCUGAAGUAGCAGGAGAAUAGAAAUCUUUCGAGCUGGAGCCAACUCCAGGUCCCUUAGCUCCAGCUCGGACUCAGUCGGCUCAAGCUCGUGCUUCUCCGGCAGCUCACGCAGCUGCACAAGCUUCUUCGGCUCAAGCAGGAGAAGAAACAAACCACAGAAAAGUCGCAGAUUUAUAUGUACGUUCAAGGCCGCUGCGACAGUGUCGAAGACCGAACAAGUUAUGGAGGCCUGGCUCGACUUUGACAAACGAGUUCCUUGCGCUGUUUAAAGCCGACCACCAUGACAUCGUCGACUCUGAGUGGCGCAGACAAUGAGAAAACGCUGCUUCUCGAAUAUUCCAGUGGUGAUAAGAAAAAGCCCGAUUGAGCAGCGGCGAGGUCGAGCGCCAUGGGGAGCCUGGAGGAGCAUCAGCCCGCUUUUCCACCGUCCGACAUUGUCUUCCAACAUCUCAUCGUCCACAAGGCGGCGCAGCUCAAGGAAAAGCCCGAUGGCACCGUGCUCAAGUUUGGAGCUCACACCACAGAUCAUAUGCUCCAGAUCGUGUGGAAGGAGGAGCUGGGCUGGAUGCCUCCCAAGAUCGUCCCGCUUGAGCCACUCUCGCUCCACCCUUGCGCUCAGGUUCUACACUACGCCACCGAGUGCUUCGAGGGCAUGAAAGCUUACAAAGACAAAGAGGGACGCAUUCGCCUCUUCCGCCCCGACAUGCAUAUGAAUCGCCUCGCCAGAUCAGUCGCUCGCCUCGCUCUUCCCAGCUUCGACAAGGAGGCUUUACUGAGAUGCAUCGAGGAGCUCCUUCGCGUGGAGCGGGACUGGAUUUCCGACGUCGAAGGAUUCUCCGUUUACAUCCGUCCCACGGUGAUCGCCACCCAGCCAUCGCUGGGAGUCCAGCAGUCACGGGAGGCAUUGCUCUUCGUGGUUUUGUCUCCGGCUGGAUCAUCCUUCUUCUCCGCCUCGUCGACGUCGCGGCUGGCCCCGAUCAAGCUCCGGGUCGACACGCAAAACACGAGAGCGUUCCCGGGAGGAGCUGGGGACCGGAAGCUGGGGUCAAACUACGCCCCAACCAUUGUCCCGCUGCUCGAGGCAGCAAAGCUGGGAUGCUCGCAGCCGCUGUUUGUCAUGGACGACAAGUAUGGAGGAUUCGUGGGAGAAGCUGGAACCAUGAAUAUCUUCUUCCUGCUUCGCUCUGGACAGGACACAAUGGAGCUUGUGACACCGGCUUUGGACGGCACCAUUCUUCCUGGCGUGACGAGAGACAGCGUGCUCAAGCUCGCGACCAAGAUACAAGGACUGGAAGUCUCCGAAAGAUCUCUUCGAUUCUCCGAGAUCGAGGCGGCCGCUGGACAAGGCAGGCUGGUGGAAGCAUUUGGAACAGGAACAGCGUGCUUGAUCCAGCCAGUGUCCGGGCUUCUCAAGGAAAGCGGAGUGAUGAUCGAAGUCCCGUUUGAUUCCAAGGCCGCAAACGAUGCGAUAGCGGCGGCUCCGGGAAGUUUGGAGCUGGAGAAGGAGCACGUCGAUCGCCCAGGCUUCAACCUCUGUGGUUUCCUCGUGCGAGCACUGAUGGAUAUCCACUAUGGUCACACGCACAGCGAAUGGUCUCGCGUGAUCAUCGGCUAAAGUUCUCACCUCUAUCAAAGUUUUGCUCGAAAGACUUUCAAAGCUCUAGUAUAUCCAAGAAUAUACUUGGAUAUUCAUUAAUCUAACGGCUCUAAAGAGGAAAAGAUUUAGGGUUCUUCCCCGAAA